AUGCACCGCGCUCACCCAGAAGCUUCCCCGGGGCAGGAAGGGAAGCGCGCGUUGCGAGGCGACCGCUUCCGCCGCGCUCUAUGGAAGGCGAGCUGCAGUGGCUCCGCCAAUGGGCGUGGGAUGGAGGCGGAGCGCCUGGCGGUGCCGGGCGCAGCCAUGCUCCGCCGCUCGCUCUGGCUCUGCCUCUGCCUCUGCUCCUGCCCGACCCGCGGUUUACGCAUCCAUGAGUAUUUGUAUUUCCAAGUGCUGAGCCCUGGAGAUAUUCGCUACAUCUUCACUGCCACUCCAGCCAAGGAUUUCGGUGGUGUGUUUAACACAAGGUACGACCAGAUCCACCUGGUCCCAGCAGAUCCCCCUGAAGCCUGUGGAGAGCUAAAUAAUGGUGUCUUCAUCCAGGACCAGAUUGCCUUGGUGGAGAGGGGGGGUUGCUCGUUCCUGUCGAAGACGCGCGUGGUGCAGGAGCACGGCGGGCGGGCGGUGAUCAUCGCGGACAACGCCUACGACAACGACAGCUUCUACAUCGAGAUGAUCCAGGACAGCAGCAGGCGCACGGCCGACAUCCCUGCGCUCUUCCUGCUGGGCAGGGACGGGUACAUGAUCAGACGCUCCCUGGAGCAACAUGGGCUCCCCUGGGCUGUCAUCUCCAUCCCCGUCAACGUCACCAGCAUCCCCACAUAUGAAAUGAUGCAGCCCCCAUGGACCUUCUGGUAGCAGUGGGAGACUGCAGCAGAUCAAGGACUUCUUGGUGGAUCCCAAGAGCUUGUCCCAGGGACCAGGUUUGAGGAAAGAGUCCCACGGUGCUCUGGAGAUCCCACUGUCCAGCAAUGGUGAGAUCUUUCUGCUGCCGCUGGCGUGUGGCUGAAAGGACAAAUACCAGGACCCGUGGUGGGAGCCUUGAGCCUGACCCUGAGCACCCUUUGUGAUGACAUUC